GAAGGUCUCUGAAGGACACUGAUGGAGGAGGGAGGAGCUGCCUGGGAGCUCUGGAUCAUCCAGCAGUGCAUGCACGAGACCAGGAAUUACUCGGGAUAAUAAUACAGUGUUCAUCAAUCCUCAUCUUUGAAUCCACCCCUUCGGUUUGCGAUCCUUUUGUCUUUCUCCAACUCUGACGGUUCUGGUGUGGUGAAGAAUGCAGAGAGGAUGCAGUAAAACCAAAACAUAAUCUAUCACAAUCACUGAAGAGUAAAGAGGAUUUUGAUUUGCAAAGAGAGACAAAAGGAAGUGACAAUGGGGCGAAAGAAGAUCCAAAUUACUCGCAUAAUGCAUGAGAGAAACAGACAGGUGACGUUCACAAAGAGGAAGUUUGGUCUGAUGAAGAAGGCGUAUGAGCUCAGUGUCCUGUGUGACUGUGAAAUAGCCCUGAUUAUCUUCAACCGCUCCAAUAAGCUCUUCCAGUACGCCAGCACAGACAUGGACAAGGUCUUGCUCAAGUACACAGAAUACAACGAACCUCAUGAGAGCAGAACCAACUCGGACAUUGUAGAAGUGCUGAACAAGAAGGAACAAAGAGGCUGUGACAGCCCAGAUCCAGAAGCUUCAUAUGUCCUCACGCCUCACACGGAGGAGAAAUAUCAGAAGAUUAAUGAAGAGUUUGACAAUAUGAUGAGAAAUCACAAACUUCCGGCUGCUCUGGGUCAGCAGGGUUAUUCGAUACCGCUGACUUUGCCCGUCACCAACCCCACCACGCUGUCCUACAGCACAGACAGCUCUCUGGACACCCCAGUGUCCCUCAGCGGGACGAACAUGCUGUCUCUGUCCUCCAACAGCCUCCAGAGCAACAACAGCACUGCUGUCAUGGAUGGCAUGCCAGGUUUCUCAGACAUCACUCUUCCAAACGGUGUACACUCCAGUCAUGUGGCUAAUGGCUUUGUUGGCGGUUCAGAAGGAAACAGUAUGGGAAGAGUCGUUUCUGCAAAAUCUCAAGCGUCGUCUACAUCGGGCCGCAAACCUGAUCUCAGAGUGCUCAUUCCUCCUGUGUGCAAGGGCACUGCUUCUUCACUGCCGCCAGAGGAAGGAGAGGAACAUUUGAGAAUAGACUACUCUCAGUCCAACCAAUCACUGACCACACCCGUGGUAUCCGUGGCAACCCCCAGUCUACAUCCCCAGGGCCUUGUGUACUCAGCCAUGACAUCAUUUUUCACUACAGAUUUUGCCUUGAGCAGUACAGAGCCCAGUUCUUUACAUAGCUUCAGUUCACCAGAUGCUGUCACAUCAGGAGCAGGGUCUUCAUGGAAACACAGUCAUCAUGGUCAGCCAGGCUUCAGUGCCCAGAGAACCACACAACCUCAAAUUCAGGCUUCUGACUCCACCAACUAA